CCUGUGUUGACCUCGUCACGCCGCCGUGACACGACGUCUCCAUCCUUGUCCAUAGCAUUGACAAUAAACCGCUUUCCAUGUCCGACGCACCGACUCUGAGUAUCACCAUGUUAGGUGCGGGCCAGGAAGUCGGUCGCUCCUGUUGUGUUCUACAGUACAGAGGGAAGACUAUUGUCUGUGACGCCGGCGUGCAUCCCGCACACGGUGGAAUGGCCUCGCUUCCUUUCAUUGACGAACUCGACUGGAGUACGGUAGACGCAUUGCUCAUUACCCAUUUUCACCUCGAUCAUGCUGCUGCCCUCACGUAUAUCACCGAGAAGACCAACUUUCGGGAAGGCAAAGGCAAAGUGUACAUGACCCAUCCGACAAAGGUCCUUCACAAGUUCAUGAUGCAGGACUUUGUGCGAAUGAGCUCCACCUCCUCCGAUGCCCUAUUUACUCCGAUGGACAUGGCAAUGUCUCUAUCUUUCAUCACCCCCGUCUCCGUUCAUCAGCUGAUAACACCAUGUCCUGGUGUGUCGUUCACGCCCUAUCAUGCAGGACAUGUGUUGGGGGCCUGCAUGUUCCUGAUCGACAUCGCGGGUCUCAAAAUUCUGUACACGGGCGACUACUCUAGGGAGGAAGACCGUCAUCUCGUGAAGGCAGAGCUGCCCCCCAUUCGUCCGGAUGUCUUGAUUGUCGAAAGCACUUAUGGUGUGCACAAUCUGGAGAGCCGUCCGGAUAAGGAGCUGAGGUUCACAAACCUGGUUCAUUCUAUCAUCUCACGGGGCGGCCAUGUACUCCUCCCUACAUUUGCGCUCGGUCGUGCCCAAGAGCUGCUGUUGAUUCUGGACGAGUACUGGAAGAAGCACCCGGAUCUGCACCGUGUACCGAUCUACUACGCCUCAGGUCUUGCCCGGAAGUCUAUGGCGGUAUAUCAAACUUACAUCCAUACCAUGAAUUCGAACAUCCGGUCCCGAUUUGCUAAACGAGACAAUCCUUUCGUGUUCAAGUACAUCUCAAACCUUCCCCAAGCCCGUGGAUGGGAGAAGAAGAUCGCGGAAGGACCCCCAUGCGUCGUCUUGGCCAGUCCUGGAUUCAUGCAAAGCGGACCAAGUCGAGAACUGUUCGAGCUGUGGGCACCAGACUCGCGGAACGGGCUGAUCAUCACGGGCUAUUCGAUUGAAGGAACCCUAGCUCACGAUAUCGUGAAUGAGCCAGAGGAAGUCGAAUCCGUCAAGGGUGGCAUGAUCCAGCGCAAGCUGUCCGUGGCCUACAUCUCGUUCAGUGCUCAUGUUGAUGGCGCUCAGAACGCAGAAUUUAUCGAGGCUGUUCGAGCACAGCAUGUGGUUUUGGUGCAUGGGAAGCAAGAUGCGAUGGCUCGGUUGAGAGCGAAACUGACGUCGCAGUACAAGGAGCGGGAGGAAGAUGUGAAAAUCCACACCCCGCGCAAUCUAGAAACGCUGGAGCUCUCGUUUCGCAGCGAUCGGGUGGCGAAGGCCAUUGGAACACUGGCUGAUCAGGUGCCGCGAGCUGGGGACGUGCUGUCGGGUCUGCUGGUGUCCAAGGACUUCUCGUACACGCUUUUAGAUCCUCGAGAUCUGAAAGACUUCGCGGGUUUGUCCACCUGUUCGGUGACUCAGCGGCAAAAAAUAACCCUCGGAGUACGGUGGGAGCUCGUCAGAUGGCACGUGGAAGGCAUGUUUGGGGGCCUCGAAGAUGGACUGGACGCAGACGGCAUCCCUACGCUCAGGGUAGGCGCAUGUGUCAAUUUCGAAAUUCCGCUCAAUGCUGGACAGAUUAUGGGCGCUCUCGAUGUCAAGUUGACCCAGGAGCAUGAAAUCACGUUAGAAUGGGAAUCGAGCGCCAGUAAUGACAUGCUCGCAGACUCGACGCUGGCCCUGAUAUCAGGCAUUGACCAUAGCCCUGCUUCAGUGAAACGUGAGGUCGAGGCGGAUACCUACAUGCUUGGCGCUAACGCGCCUGACAGUCACGUCGCAUUCCCACGUUCACUCCCACGCAAAGCAUCCCCACGCUCAAACUGACGACCACAGCGUCCGGAUUCAGCGCAUCGCAUGGUUUUUGGAAGCCCAUUUCGGGGAUGUGGAAUUUCAUCGACCAGAAGAUGCUGAGGAGGAUCCAGAGCAAGGUGAAGACGAGAAACCGGCGGAACCGUCGAUGCUCGUUCACCUCGAUGAUACGGCCGCUCGAAUCAACCUCGUCUCUUUGAGUGUUACGAGCGAGAGUGAGCCAUUGAAAAAGAGGGUUGAGGCUGUAUUGGACAUGGCCGUGACCACUGUGUCCACGUUGGGAGAAGCUUUCGUUUCAAGACCAUCUGGCUUUGGAUCUGCAGAAGUUGUCAAAACGGUCCAGUCCAAGGGGGGCGACCGAGUCGUUGACGGCGAAGGAUCUGAAGGGGAUUCUAUGCAGCAGGUCCAUGAUUAGAUUAGAUAAUCUACAUAUGUAAUGUCGGCUCCGACACCCUGUCUUGCUUAGUGAGCGGCCUACUGCAUUGGCGCAUGUAUCGUAUAUGACUUGGUUCAAACCCAUCUUUCGACUCUCCA